AUGGUUAAGACUACUUAUGCGGUUACGCUCUUUGCUGCCGUGAGCAUGGCGGCUCCCAUGGCGCCGAACAGCAAUGAUUAUACCAGCGUUGAGCCCAUGCGUCGCGACGGUACUGGUAACUUUAUCGGCGCUGGUGCUGAUGGGGCUCUGAAUCAGCUGGUUGGCCAACUCUCUUCCAACCUGGAGAACCAGGAUGCUGAUCUAGCUUGGCAAAAGACCCCCAAGCAGAAGACGGAAGUCGCCGAGGCUGCAAAGCAGGAGAAGGCUAGUAUUCUCCAGGGAUUGCCCUUGAUCGGUGGUCUUCUGGGUGGUAAGCGCAGCGUCGAGGAGGAGGAAUUGCACGCUCGCUCAUUCACUGGCGAUCUGAGCAAACUCCCUCUUCUGGGAGAGCUGUUCGGUGGUAACCAAGAUAAGAACCAGAACACCAACCAGCCUCUUGGCAACGGUGAUGCUAUGCCUGCCAUGUCUGCUCGUUCAUUCGAGUACCCAGGCCAAAGCUUUGGGCAGAACUGUGGCCAGAACGAAGGCCAAAACGAAGGCCAGAACGAAGGCCAGAACGAAGGCCAGAACGAAGGCCAGAACGAAGGCCAGAACGAAGGCCAGAACGAAGGCCAGAACGAAGGCCAGAACGAAGGCCAGAACGAAGGCCAGAACGAAGGCCAGAACGAAGGCCAGAACGAAGGCCAGAACGAAGGCCAGAACGAAGGCCAGAACGAAGGCCAGAACGAAGGCCAGAACGAAGGCCAGAACGAAGGCCAGAACGAAGGCCAGAACGAAGGCCAGAACGAAGGCCAGAACGAAGGCCAGAACGAAGGCGAGAACGAAGGCGAGAACGAAGGCGAGAACGAAGGCCAGAACGAAGGCGAGAACGAAGGCCAGAAUUGGCUGCAGAACUACGCCCAGAACCACCGCCGCGACUUGACCAGUGAGCUCAGUAGCCUGCCACUCAUUGGCAGUCUCUUCGGUGGAGCACAGAAGCAGAACGACGCAGCUAAGCGUGACAACCAGGCCAACCCCGAGAGCCUGGGCCUGCUCUCUUUCGUCAAGAAGCUCACCUCUGGAGGAUCCGAGACUCUCAGCCACCGUCGCCGUGACAUUUUCGACCUGCUGAAGACCCCGCAGCAACUUGCGGGGGAGCAGCAGGCUGAGAAGGCAAAAGGCGACGACAAGGGCAAGAAUGACCAGAAGCCUGCUCAGGAUAACAAGAAGCCCGCUGAGGAUCCGUUGAAGGAACUCUUCGGUGAGGGCGGUCUUGGUGAUCUGGUUCAUAAUGCCAACCACGGUGUUGGGAUUCUGCCGAUGAAUGAUCGUCGUGAUGUUGAGGUUGAGCCUCGCGGUGAGCCUAUUCAGGGCGCUACCCUGCCGGACGUUCUUCUCAGUAGUGGUGUUUUGCGCAAGGUUGCUGGUCUGCUCUCGCCUGGUGGGCUUGCACCCGCUGGUCAGUAG